AUUUUUGCAACAAGCGUGUUUUGAUUUUUGUGUGGAGUGGCGAAUAAUUAGCGUCUAAACGCUAUCGUAACUGCAGCCCCUACCCAAAGUUUGGCCUUGAGCGUAUUCCUGACAUUUUACGCACACGGAUCCGGCGUUGCGCGUAUUAUUUUUCGGAAUGAACAGUUUGCUCGCACGUAGCAGUGCACUUCUGACAGUGACCCUGACAUUUAUAUCUUUAACCAUGUUUUUAUGCUUCCUUUCCACGUUUUUUGAUAUGCCAUCAACCUCUGCUAAGCUAAGUGUAAGCAGAGUCGCGGUUGAUUCUGCCAACGAUUAUUCUCAAACGAACGAUUUCAACAAUGACUUAGGUUUUGUUACCAUUGACCUUGAAUCGACACUCGACCACCUUUUCAAUUGGAAUGUGAAACAGCUUUUCGUAUACUUGACCGCGGAAUAUACAACGCCGGAAAAUACCCACAAUGAGGUGGUCUUAUGGGAUAAGAUAAUCAAGCGCGGUUCAAGAGCACAUCUCUUCUACCGCAAUAUGAAUACCAAAUAUUACUUCUGGGAUGCAGGCCAUGGUUUGCGAGGAAAUCCAAACGUCACGUUACGGUUGUCAUGGAACUCCAUCCCGAACGUUGGAAUAAUGUUGUUUCAAACCAGCAAAGGAUCCCACUCCUUCUCGUUCCCUGAUACGUACACCAACUUAAGGAAGUGAUCUCUUGCUUUCUGUUUAUUUAACAGCAUGCCUAAUCAUCCCUUGUGUGUCGAAAUGCGAAACGAUUUGAAUCCUAAACCAAAAUCCAGUGGCUGCGGACCUAAUUGCAUUGUUUUCUGUUUCUUUCUUAAUUUCUUCGGUUUGUCGGAUAGUUGAGAAGCAACUUGGUUCUCCAGCAUACGCUUGAUUUUACGUAACAGCUUGAGUCAAAUACCAGACGAAACCGGGGGAUCUUUUUGCUGCAUUACGUCUCCAUGAAUGGCUGCACAACUGCUCUGGCUAUCAGUAUGCUGAUAGGCAUGCAGCGUUGACAUGUGAAUGAUAGUCACCGAACUUCUCCAACCGUCGAUGCUUUUGAGGUAUCAUUCACGUCUGAAUGCACCACUCUUGAGAAAUGCAAAUAUCUUCCAG